AUGUACUUUGUCACUGUGGCAGGGAAUGCACUCAUCAUCCUGGUCAUUGGCUCUGACCCUUGCCUGCACACCCCCAUGUACUUCUUCCUUACUAAUCUCUCCUUUGUUGACAUCUGUUUCACUACCAACCUGAUCCCCAAACUCUUGGUCAACCAUGUGAUGGGAGCAUGGACUAUCUCUUACCGCCACUGCCUGACUCAGAUGUACUUCCUCAUCACCUUCGCUUACCUAGACACCUUUCUGCUGGCUGCCAUGGCACUUGAUCGUUACGUGGCCAUCUGCAACACCCUGCAGUACUGCACCAUCAUUACUCCCAAGCUCUGUGGAGGACUGGCUGCUCUAGUGUGGAUUUCCUCCAGCCUCAUCUCCCCGGUCCACAUGCUCCUCAUGAGCAGACUGACUUUCUGCUCCUCUGCCAGGGAGAUCUCACACUUCUACUGUGGCGCUUACCUGCUCAUGAAGAUUGCCUGCUCAGACACACUUGUCAAUCAGUGUGUAUUCCUGGGUGCUGUGGUCCUAUUUGUGGCCCCCUGUGUACUCAUCAUCAUUUCCCACAUCCAUAUAGUUGCAGUUGUCCUCUGGAUUCCAUCUACCUCGGGAAGAUGCAAGGCAUUCUCCACAUGCAGUUCCCACCUGUCUGUAGUCAUCUUGUUCUAUGGAACUGUCCUAGGGAUAUACAUACGACCCCCAGACUCCUUCUCAGCCCAGGACACAGUAGCAGCCAUCACGAACACAGUGGUGACCCCAUGUUAA